UACUGUUGUGUUGCUAAACACUACCGGGAUCGACGAGGACAAAACUCAAAGAAAUAUAAAUACGGAGACCAAUUCUGGGUCCAAAUAAUUUAUUUCUGACAACUCAACUGAACAUAAGAUAAGAUUACAUCGUGAAGCGAACAGUAAUAAAUGUUGGGCGUUGUCGACGGCGCCUCUAGACCAACUGCGCCGAGUACAAUACAGUGGUUGACUUAUAAAGACAGCCUUGCAUAACAUGACAAUUGCAUUACUUAAAUUCCAAUCGGCCCUGCAGCCGCAGACCACAUUUAAAGGAAACACAAUAAUGCUUCACAACAAUACGCUUCGUGGUUUACCAAUUCCAGCUCUACGAUAGGGAGAAAGCCAUCACAAUCACCAUUACAAACAAGCUUUCGCACGUAACAGGUCAUUGUUGAUAGGUGUAGUCGUAACACACGAAUGCCUUUCCCUCAAUUGUGUGUAUGAAAAUAGCUAGGAGUGUUCAAGGACUGUAACUGUGCAUUGACUACACACGGUACAUGUACCUUGUCUGCACCACAGGUUGUUAUCUGUGGGGCAAACUUUAUCGGACAAAAUCCCUUCCCAAAGUCAUCAAAUGAACUUUCGAUUUGCAAGAUAUGUCCGUUCUUCAGAACAUGAUGUGGUUGCUGGACGUUCGCACAGUGUUGCUGUGUGUGGUUGUCCUUCUGGUUCUUCGCUGGUUCUUGGGGCGACCGAAGAACCUCCCACCUGGCCCCUGGGGGUUCCCACUCAUCGGUUCCGUUCCGGCCAUUGUACGUGAGAUACGACGAGGCGUGGAACCCCACGAUCUCUUCAUCAGGUAUGCUGCCAAGUACGGGCCCGUGUUUCGUCUGCAGAUCUUCAACAAGACUGCGGUGGUCCUCAAUGACUACACCUCCGUGAAGGAAGCUUUCCAGCAUCCUCAACUACAGGACCGACCUGAAAUGCUUAUUCAGAAGAUUUUGAGCGAUGGAGUUGCCACGAUUUCCGGCCAGCCCUGGGUCGAACUCCGUCGCUUCUGCCUAACCGCCCUCAGGAGCUUCGGAGUGGGCAAAACGAGCUUCGAAGAGAAGAUCGGCACCGAAGCUGAGGAACUGGUGAAGGAGAUGUCUGCCUUCAACGGGAAGUCCUUUAAUCCAAAACACUUACUCGGCAACGCCGUUUCCAACGUUAUUUGUUCAGUUGUCUUCGGCAAACGCUACGAGUACACCGACAAAGAGUUUGAGAGGCUGCUCUUUUUACUCGCCCGUAAUUUCGAGUUGUUGGGAUCUGGUGGCGCCAUCAAUUACUUCCCAGAACUUCGACAUGUGCCAUUUUUGCCGACCAGUGAAAUUGUGUCGAAUUUCAAGGAGAUCCGGGAGUUCCUACUAAAAGUCAUUGACAAGCAUCGUGCUGCCUUUGACGCAGAUGAUCUGAGAGACUUCAUUGAUGUAUACCUGGUGGAAGUCAAGAACAACCAAGCAAAAGACGACAUCGGGGAGGAACACGGCUACCUGACAGACGAUAACUUGGUUGGAACCAUAGAAAAUAUCUUCGCUGCUGGUUCUGAGACCACGGCCACUACCCUCCAGUGGGCCCUCCUGUACAUGGCUGUCUACCCCGAGAUCCAGCAGCGAGUCCAGACAGAGAUCGACGCCGUGGUCGGUCGUAACCGGCUGCCCAGGAUGGCCGACAAACCGGAACUGAAUUUCACUCGGGCCGUCAUCUGGGAGGUUCAACGCUUGAGUUUGAUUGUACCCUUCGGUGUUCCGCAUGCUGCUGCCUCAGACACCCAGUUCCAUGGAUUCAUGAUUCCCAAGGGUGCAUUCCUUGUUCCCAACUUGUGGGCGGUGGCCCGCGACCCCAAAGUAUGGUCCGAUCCUGAUCAGUUCCAACCCGAGAGAUUCCUUAACGACAAGGGAGAGGCAGUUCAGGCAGAUGAGUUGAUACCGUUUAGCGUUGGUCGUCGGAGCUGCAUCGGUGAGCACCUGGCUAAGGUGGAGUUGCUUAUCUUCUUCAGUUUCUUCCUGCAUCAGUUUACUUUCAAGAAACCAGACAACUCGUCUCCACUGUCUCUAAAAGGAAAGAAUGGUAUCACCUACUCGCCAGAAGAAUUUGACAUCUGCGCCAUGAAGCGCGAGUGAAAACGUAGUUUGUUGCUGUAGGUUCCACUAUCUUCUUUCUUCUUAUUUCCAAAUUUAUUUUGUUUUCUAGUUAGCAAACUUUCAAGAGUAUUGCAUCUUCGAGAAUUUCCAACACUACAUUGCGACAGUAUGCUUGUGUAUAAAACACCCAUUCAAAUAUGUAACAGUUCGUCUGUGUGCAAUUUUUUAGUGUUAUCUAGUCAAAUCUGACUAAAGUGCUUCGAACUGUUUAAGGUUCUACAGAGAAGAAGUGGCUAAGAUGGACUUGUUUACCUUCUUCAGAUUCUUCAUGCAUCAGUUUUCUACUAAGAAACAUUUUGCAAAAGUCUUAUCAGAUAUAUCAGUUUCAGAUUCACAAAUCUGCACGUGGUUGUUCUGUGGGGUUAUGUCGAUAAGUAGUAGACUCUGGAAUAGUGACAGAUAAUAUUUUACUCUUUGGAGAUUGAAAUAGGUCGAGGUAUUCGGGGCUGGCACCACGAGGAGAAAAAAAAGGAAAUUCCCCAGAUACCACAUCCAUUAGGUUUUUUCCCUUAUACUAACCCCUUGAAGUGCCAUUUCAAUUCGCCGUGCAUCGUUUCUUAAAAAAUAACAAAAUGUCCGAUUGGAACUUUUCGAAUUCCACUUUUUAUAUUAAUUGCUUUCCAUUUUGGUCAUUCCCUGAUUUACUUAUUAAGUUAAAAUUGCAUUUACAGUAUCUUCGAUCUUUGAAGGGUUUAAUCUUUAAUCCGAGCCUAAUCGAUUGACACAAUUAAACCGAAGAAUAAAGACAUGACAGAUGACAUAAUAUUCUCUCAUUGUUGAAAACCUGUGUCGGUUCAACAAUUUAAACCUUACUAUAAACGAUUUCGUUCCAAAAUUCGGUUAAACUGUCGCGUUGAUAACGUUCGGCACGAUGAGGAUUCUGCGUGAACAAAAGAUGAACUUCGACAUGACUUCAUUGCAUCAGUUUUCUUUCAAGAAACCAGACAACUCAAUGCCUGUGCCUUCUCGUGGAAGGCUUGGUAUAUCUUACAGGUUGGUAUAAUCAGGAGUGAACGUUGCAUCCUGAUGAAAACAAAAGGACUUUGCACCAAGAAUUAUAUUCAUAGGAGUCAUGCCGAUACCAAUUCACUCAGGGACCGAUAUAAAAAUACUUCGACUUAUACCUGAUGUUACAAGAAAUGUCCAAAUUCUUCGCGUAAACUUAAAUCACCUUAGCGAUGUCGUUUCAUUUGUUUCUUUGUAAUGUUGUACAAUAUUUAUAAUAGUUGCUUUACAAUUAUGCAGUAAUCUCGUAUGCUUUUUAUUUCAUUGUGGGGUAUUGUAUUUGUAAUGUACUGUAUUAUUUUGCACAUGUGUGUAUAGUAAUUUUUAUAGUCAUGCAGUAAUCGCGUAUGCUUUUAUUUUAUUUCAUUGUGUUGUAUUGUAUUUGUAAUGCAUUAUAUUUUGUACAUGUGUGUGUGUGUGUGAUCAUGCAGGGGCCCAAUGGCAACAAUUUUUUAAAAACUGUUUGGGCACACCCUGGGUAAAAAAAAAUGUAAUAAAGAAAUAAAUCCUUUUAGGCUGUUUGCAGCAAAACACGGA